GCUGUAUUAACUAAAAUUGAUAGUCGUUAAUUGGUGUCUUUCUAUUAUAAUCGACACAGUGAGUGCAUUCAAAAAUUCCAAAACAAUAUAUAGUGUGGGCAGUUAAAAUGCAUACUUCGACAGCUUUAGUGAAAAGCGAUCCUUUCGAUUUCACCACUGAAAUUCAAAAAGUAUCAGUGUUUCAAUUGGGGAUCAGAAGGUUCAGUUUGCCUAUGCAAAGAGUGCUCAAGAGAAGCAGGAGUCUAAGGAUCAAGAAAUAUACCUGGUCCUCUGGCAACUUUGGGAGCGCGGGGGCCCGCUCAGCUCCCAGUACCCCCCAGGAUGCGUCGUGCCCCCCGCCGGGCGCCUGUCUCACCCCCGACUCCCUCCAAGCUGCCCUCAUUCCGGCCGGUUGCCCUCAGGCCAGUCCCAGCCAUUCCGUUUUCUCUAAAUGUGACAAGACCUCUUUGAAACACCUCUCCACAUCGACCCCUGCAAUGACUGCGCAGGCGCAGCUGACAGAACCGCCAAGCCCCAAAACCACCAAAGACCCGAAAAUCCACACGACGUCCAAAUCCAGACAGAAAAAGUUCUUACGACACUUUCCUAACGUAGAAGAAGACGAGAAAAUCCUCAACUACUAUUCCUGUGCUCUCAUCGGAGACAUCUUGCUCCAAGGAAAUCUCUACAUCACCACAAACUACUUCGCUUUCUACUCGAACGUCUUUGGAUAUGUAACCAAGCUUCUGAUACCGAUACUGACAGUGGAGAACAUAACCAAAGAGAAGACGGCGAAAAUUAUCCCAAAUGCGGUGGGAGUGAAGACGAGUGAAGACAAGCAUAUUUUCGGUAGUUUGAUGUCGCGAGAUAGUACACUGCUCUACAUGAAGACAGUGUGGCAGAAAGCGAAGUGUGCUUCGCCGGUGAUAAUCGAACCUGAAAUUGAAGAACCUGAUAUAGAUUCCAGUGAUUCGGCAGAUGCUGAAAGUGGUAGAGAUUCACCUCCCAUAGAAAUGAAACCGAAAUUUCCGCUAAUGAAAUCGUUGAUCAAGGAACCUUUACAAAAUCAAAGUGAUGCGCCAUCUCAGACCAAGGACACCAAAACCAUCACGAAAACCCUGAAAGACACCAUCAUAGAAUUCCGAAAACUGCCACGCCAAAGCCUCAUCCUCUGCGCCACCACCCUCCUCCUCAUUCUCCUCUUCUUCUCUGCCGGCGUUCUCCUCCACAGGAUCAGCCAAAUCCAGACCAGGUACUCAUCGGCGAUGCGGGAGGGAGCUGCGCAAAGUUCAGACGACGUAUACAAUCACCUGUUGCAGUGGCAUUCGCAGCUGCAUUCGAAAUCGGCGGGGGCGGUCAACAAUUUUCUCGAUACAAACCUGGAUCUCAUCUCUCAGGUGAGGCAAUCUUUGGAAGCUCUUUCUUCAGUAUUGGUGCAGAAUAGUCAAGAAACGAGGCGAGAACCAGAUAACAGGCCACGAGAAGUAAUGAAAGACGGUAGUUAGCGUAAAAAAAUCCCCAUUCACUGUCAGAAAACACUUUUUGAAAAGCCUCAAACCUUAUCAGUAUUUCGAUAGAAUUUUGAAAAUUUGCCAAGCGAUAGGUUAUGAAAUGUAAACAGUGAGCACGUAGAGGUUAGAAUAGAAUAUACACAAUGUGAGAAAAACGAUGCUAUUUCAAUAUUCAAAACGUGCAUCUGUUGUCAUAUUGUGUGCCACUUGUGAAGUCAUCGAUAAGUUUUUCAAGAAGCAACCACUGCUUUUGGGAGUAUUAUUUUGAAAAAGAAUACGUCUGAAAUUUGAAUAUUUUUUAAAGUACUCUGAAAAUACAAAGAACAAAUUUCAAAGCGUAAGAAAUGCGAAAAGAGUUGAAAUGGAUAUUAAAUUUUUGGGAUAGCCGUUACUCGUUUCAAUGAAGGAAAAUAUUGUAUUAUUUCAAAGAUGAUUAGCCCCAAAAUUGCACUGCAUUUAAAAAUGUCACUAUUAGAAAAUCUAAAAGAGAAAUUCAAUCGAUAGUAUACUGAAAAAUAUGAAUAUUCUACCAAUAUAUCUGGACGUUUUUGAAACAGAUCUGCUCCCGGAUUCAACAUAAAAAUGGAAAUUAUCUUCGGUUUUCUAUAUUGACACAUUUCAGUAACAGACGUCGAUACAGGAUGUAGUGAAUCAAUAUCAAAUUAAUUUGUGUAGGUACAUCAGAAAAAUUUGGCAUUUCAAUAAAAAAUUUCGAAAACAUGGUUUGCUAUCUGAAAUAUUCAUCAAACUUUUUCCUAUCGUUCUAACCGAUAAACACGUGCUCACUUACAAACAUCCACCCAGUAGAUCUUUGCUGUAAGCUACAAACCAGUACCGUUCGAAUUGUGCAAUAGAUAAUUGCAAAAUCUACAUAAUCAUAUGCCAUUUUUCCAUUAAAUAGGGUAGUAUAGAUACUAAUGAAGGUGCUUGAUCCGAGUUUAAAAUACAUAGGUAUUUCAAAUUCAUUUUCGACAUGGUUAUUUGAUUACUAGCUGAAAAAAAAAAGUUAAAUCAAUUAAUAAAUCUCAUCUUUAUUCUUUCAGUUCCCAUCAGGAUUAGAAGUUAUUUUUAAUCCUAAGGAUCAAUUAGCUUGCAACAUAAUAUCUUUAUAUGGAAUUUCCGUUUUAAUUGUAUCAACCUGAAAGAGCAUAAUACACUCAUGACUCAAUUUGAGUGAUCAAACAUCCAUGAAUUCACAUACCAAAAUUUGUAAAAAGUGAGGUUAAUUAAUCGAAAAAUUGUGCAGAGGUUGAAAUUAAUUUGUGAAGCCUUGUCAA